CAAGGAUCGUUUGACCAGAGCAGCCACAUAUUCGGGGAAAAUGCAGGUAAGCAGUGUGCUACAAAUGGCAUAGCGGCGAUUAUGACCCACACCACCCAAAGCGUUCUCAAAUGGAAAAAAAAGAACAUUCAUCAUAUUCUAAAACAAGGUAAUGGCUUGUACACAUCUAUGCUAGAAAAUAAGGAAAUCAGCGCAGCCAAAACCAGUGGGCAUAUUUUCAUUUCCGAGUUACCCAGACACUGCAAAUUCAACAAUAAAUUAUUUAGUUUGGAAUAUUUUGAUACACUCACUGGAAGUCUUGAUCGAAAGGAUGAUUAUGACGCUUCUAUGCAAAACAUAGCCAUGCCUUUAGAAGAGGCUAUUCAGAGGACACUGCUGCAGACAGACACAUGCUUGCUCAACAUCCAAGAAAGUGUCUGUGCCGUUUUCAAGGUCGGAACUGCUUUUGCAGUUUUCGAUCCUCAUUCUCGUAGUACUUGGGGUUCCGUUGCACCGGAUGGAACCAGCAUAGUAGCGCACUAUGCUACUGUGUAUGAGUUAUAUAACCAUAUUGAGAACCUUGUCAAUUCCUUAUAUCAAAAUCAUCCACAUGCUUUUGAUAUCCCAAACAAGGUGUUUGAAGUCACUGGUGUGAAAGCUGUUGAGGUAAACUCACCAUUUACUGCUUUAACUGCACAGCCUGAAGCCAGCACUUUGGCACAUGACGGUACUUUGGACACAGACAGUGACUCUGAUCUCUGUGUCCUUUCGGUAACAGAUAGAAAUUCCCUUGCAGUAAACACGUCUUUUUCCCUUGAAACUGUGCAGCCUGUAGCAAACAUUUCUACAUGUGACACAACUGUAAACAUUGACAGUGUUCCUCCAAUUCACACAGAGGGUGCAUCCGUCUGUUUAAUUUCUGUAACGGAUAGGCCCAAUAUAAUAUUUACUGGAUUGACAUUAAGGGAAAAAAACAGGAUCUGCAACAAACUGAAUAUUGUACCAAGUUUAGAUCAAAAUAUUGUUGUACAAACCUUCGAUAUGGCACAGCCUGAACCAUGCAAAACAACAACCAUUGAAGGUGACGGUAAUUGUUUCUUUCGUUCUCUUUCGUCUGUAAUUAGUGGUUGUGAGUCACAUCACAAGGCCUUUCGAAAGGCUGUAGUGAAUCACAUCUCAAAUAAUCCACUUCAUUACAUUACUUGUCUAAGACAACAAUUUGCUUCUGUGGAGCAAUAUCUCAGGGACUCAAAAAUGAAAUAUGUUGGAUCUUGGGCAACAGAGUUGGAAAUACAAGGUUCUGCUGAUUUGCUCUGUGUUGAUAUUUACACAUACAGUCAACAGAAAUGGUUUACGUUUACGGCGAACAUUGAGCCGAUUUCAAGAAAAGCCAUAUAUCUGAAACACUGCAAUGAAAGCCAUUAUGAACCUAUUGCAUGUGUCAAAGAAAAAACCUCUCAUGCAUGCUUUAGUUUAACUAGCUUCUGUGAAAUGUCGCACAAAAUGUCCAAUGCAGACCUUGUUUCACCACGUAAAAAAAUUACAGAUAAAGUAUAUAAUGUAAGAAUAAAGAAAACAUAUGCUGGAAACGCAGAAUAUAGGCAAGAUAGAAAGGUAAAAUCACAACAAAGAUAUAAUUGUGAUGAACAAUAUCAAGCAAAAUUAAAAAACAGCAGUAUCGAAAGAUAUGCUAAUAAUGAAACGUUCAAAGAAAAAGUAAAAAACAGCAGUAUUGAAAAAUAUGCUAAUAAUCCUGCCCAUCGUAACCAGGUGAAACAAAGAAUUGUAAUCAAAUACAGAGAAGAUCCGGCUUAUAAACCCUCUUUAAUUGAAAGAAACUGUCAAAAGAGACUUAAUCUAACCCUCUUAAAACAUAAUAUCGACUAUGUAAUUGAACUCUUCCAAGAAGAGGUCAAACAUGGACCAGAACAUGUUUGUUGUGUAUGUCACAGAUUAUUGUUCCGUAAGCAAGUUAGAUUAUGUGACAUAACUUCAUAUGAAUCCAAAGCUUCAACCGUGUCAGCAAUUGCAAAACAAUGCAUUACUACAACAUAUCUCCAUCAAUGUAAUAACGCAUGUUUAUCGCCAUGCACACUAAAACAGACAGUUGCUGGGAAAUUGUGGAUAUGUUUCAGUUGCAACUCCAAGUUACUCAGUGGUAAGGUUCCCCAGGAGAGCGCUAUGAACAAUAUGGCAUUGGAUCCAAUUCCUGACGAAUUAGGCACACUGAACUCAUUAGAACAACACCUGUGCGCAUUGAAUAUUCCCUUUAUGCGACUUGUGGCAUUGCCACGAGGUUCUCAGAAUUCUGUCCAUGGGCCGGUGACUUGCGUUCCAUCAAACAGCGAUGUAGUCACUUCGGUUCUCCCAAGGCUAGAAAAUCAAGAUUUAAUGAUCCGAAUAAAACUGAAAAGAAAACUUACUUAUAAGGGGCAUUAUCAGUAUCAAUAUGUGCACACUCAAAAAAUCCAAAAUGCGAUAGCAUGUUUAAAGGACAUGAAUAAAUGGUAUAAGGACAUAGACUUUAACGCAGAAUGGGAAAAUCCCUUGCCAGAAGAUGCAUGUUCUGUUUUGAAAGAAUGCAACACAGUUAAUGACACUCCAUCUGCACCUGAAAGCAGUGACAUUACAACUCAAUCAGACCAGGUGUCGGAUGAUGAAGAAGCUGACCACAUAUAUGAAACUCAAACACACGGGUUACUCUUGGACACAUGUUUGCAACCAAUUGAUAUCGCACAGGAAAUAUUUGAUCAGCAUUUCGAAAGUGUUUUAUCAAUAGCUCCAGCUGAGGGCAACAGUCCUGUUAGGCUGCUGACCGAUAAGGGCAAUGAAGCAAAAUGUUUCCCAACUCUUUUCCCCAAAGGGACAGGUACAUUCCAUGAUGCACGGCCCCACAGGCUCACUCUCAGUAGAUACAUCAACACACGAAUCCUAAAUGCUGAUGGGAGGUUUAGCAGCAACUUGGACUACAUUUUCUAUGCUCAAUAUUUAUCUGAGGUCAAUCAGGUUGUUUCCAAGGUGUCCAUAGCAUUGAGAAAAGGUUACCAUGCAGGGGAAUCAUUGGCUAUAACUUCCGCCAUGCUUUCAAACAAAGACUAUGUAAGUAAUGUCUUAAAAACCGAUCUCGGUUACAAGUUCCUUCAACCGAUCCGAGGGACUCCAGUUUUUUGGCAAGGUGUACAGAAAAAUCUAUUUGCUAUGGUUCGUCAGCUUGGUGUCCCUACUUGGUUCUGUUCAUUUUCAUGUGCGGAUUUACGCUGGACUGAACUCAUCGAUGUUUUCAUGAGACUACAGAAAAUACAGGGAAAUGUCAACGACCUGGACUGGUCACAGAGGUGCAAUUUACUCAAAACUAAUCCGGUUACCGCGGCAAGAAUGUUCCAACACAGGUUUCAGACUUUCCUAAAUGACGUCAUCAAGUCACCAGCUAACCCCAUUGGUAAAGUUAUCGACACAUUUUUUAGAGUUGAAUUCCAACAACGCGGCUCACCCCAUACUCAUUGUCUGUUCUGGGUAGAAAAUGCACCGAAAAUAGGCAAAAACACAGACCAAGAAGUCACACAAUUUAUUGAUAAAUACAUCAGUUGUGAACUCCCGCCAGCAACCGACGCAUUGCAUGAAGUUGUUUCCAGCGUUCAAAAACACAGCUCCAAGCACUCAAAGAGUUGUAGGAAAAAAGGCACAACAUGCAGAUUUAACUUUCCACGUCCUCCAAGCAACCACACCUUUCUUUGUAGAAGUAAAACAGACGAGGACCAGGAGGUAACAGACGCUGAUCCGAUAGACGUCUCUAUAUUAGAAAUGCGAAAAGAAAAAGAGGUGGCUAAAAGUGUCAUGACAAGGGUCAAACAUGCUCUUUCAAGUCCAGACCUAACCUUCGACACUGUGGAUCAGCUAUUUGCUUCCAUUAACAUCACCCAGGAAAUGUUUGAAAAUGCCUACCGAUUGACAACCAAUAAAAACGCGGUUGUACACAAACGCAACCCAUCAGAUGUUUACGUUAAUCAAUACAACAAAGACCUUUUGCGUUGCUGGGAUGCCAACAUGGACAUACAAUAUGUCUGUGAUGCUUUUGCUUGUGUAGUAUACAUAAUAUCCUACAUCUCAAAAGCAGAACAAGACAUGGGCUUAUUGUUACAACAUACUCAAAAUGAAAUGAAAAAACAUGGAAAUUUAGAUGCAAAACAAACACUCAAUAAGUUGGGAAGUGUCUUUCUCCACAAUCGCGAGGUCUCAGCUCAAGAAAGUGUUUAUCGAGUUACAAACAUGCAUCUCAACGAAUGCUCAAGACUGGUCACAUUUAUCCCUACUGGUGAAAAUACCGUCAGAAUGAGUUUUCCUCUCAGUGUCAUUCAAAGCAAAGCAGAACAGGAUGACACAUCAACAGACUCGAUAUGGAUGACGAGCAUAACGGACCGCUAUAAAAACCGCCCCCAGGGCGCAAUUUUUCAUGAUAUUUGUAUAGCCACAUUUGCUUCAAAAUACAGAGUUCUGUACGGGAAAGAGCAGCACAGCCAGGGCUCUGUUAAACUGGAAAAUAACACUGGCUUUGUUAAGAUGAGAACUAGGGGACCUGAUGCUGUUGCUAAAUACGCUCGUUUCUCACAAACCAAAUAUCCAGAAAAACACUACCACAGUUUGCUACAAUUGUUUUUGCCUCAUUAUUCAACAGAUGAGUUAAAACCUCCACCGUACAACAGUUAUGAGCAGUUUUACAGGACCGGUUCCAUCACUAACAGCAGCAAUACAACGCAAAGUGUUAAGGAAGUUGUAGAUUUCAAUAGAUCCCUGUUUGAAGUAGAUGCAGAUGAGCUCGACAGAUGCCAAGAGGUUGCAGGGCACCGCGGGGCUCACGACGAGGCAUGGGCAGACCUUUGCCCUGAAUCUGAGUUGGAGCGAUUAGAAUGUCAGGAGGAGAUGUCUAACAACAACGACACAAAUCACAAUGAAAGAGAAGCCAUACCGGACUUGCAGUCGGACGCAAAGGCAACGCUGUCUAAAGAAUUUCCCACACACUCGAUACAAAGAGCUGAAGGUCUGUCCAUUAUGCGCACGUUAAACGAACAACAGACUCAAAUUUUUUACAAAAUCCGCGCAUGGUGCCUUGACAAAAUCAAUGGCAAAAACCCAGACCCGUUUCGCGUAUUCAUUUCAGGGGGAGCAGGCACGGGAAAGUCGCACCUGAUUAAAGCUGUGUACUACGAGUCAUGCAGACUCUUUGCAAGAAUGUCCAUUAAUCCAGACGACACUCAUGUUUUGCUAGCUGCUCCUACAGGAGUAGCAGCAUAUAAUAUCAACGGAAGCACAAUACACAGCACCUUUGCUAUUACUACCACUGCCAAACUGCCAUAUCAACCUCUAGGAGAUGAAAGAAUCAAUUCGUUAAGAGCCACCAUGAAAGACUUACAAAUACUCAUUUUGGACGAGGUGAGUAUGGUUGAUCAUAAAAUCCUGACGUAUGUCCAUGGCAGACUACGACAAAUAAAGCAACAAGGAGAUUAUGCAUUGUUUGGGAAUGUAUCAAUCAUGGCAGUUGGUGACUUCUUCCAGCUCGGCCCUGUAAAGGGGACACCUCUUUACCACGAGCAAUUGGUGACCGAUCUGUGGAACAAUCAUUUCACUCACAUUGAGUUGACAAAGAUAAUGCGACAAAAAAACAAAGAGUUUGCUGAAACAUUAAAUCGUCUUAGAAAACACAGAAAAGGAGACAAUCUUUACCAGCGAGAUGAAGUCUUGCUAAGACAACGCGAGACCGGCGAGGGGGAACUGACACAGGACCUUCACAUUUUCGCCACAAACGAUGAAGUGGCAGCCCAUAACACCGCCAUGUUACACAAGACGUGUACGGAUUUGGUGCAAAUUAAAGCUCAAGAUUCUCAGAGAAACCCUACCACAGGACAAGUAACAAGAAAAAAUAAUCCAAAAUUUGAUAGUCAGACAUGUUUAAGCAGAACGUUAAUCGUUGGUCCAUCAGCUCGCGUAAUGCUCAUCAAAAAUAUAGAUCUGUCAGAUGGAUUGGUCAAUGGUGUAUUCGGUACCGUUUGCAAAAUCACCUUCGAAGGGAACGUUCAGUUUCCCAAAACCAUUUUGGUUAAGUUUGACAAUGACACAAUCGGCAGGAAACUGAGGAGUAGGUCUAUAUGCUUUGAGCCUCAAUUUCAACAAGCAACACCCAUAGAUGCUGUGGAAGACAAAGUAAUGACUGGUGGAUCUAGACGCCAAUACCCGUUACGCCUAGCAUGGGCCUGUACCAUACACAAAGUUCAAGGUUUAACUUUAGAAAGAGCUGUAGUGUCCCUUAAAAGGAUAUUUGCAGCUGGCCAAGCAUAUGUAGCAUUAAGCCGAGUAACGUGUGAGGAAAACCUUAUCAUUCAAGACUACGCAGCCAAAGCCUUCUAUUCGAAACCAGACAUCGACAUUUCCCUGCAAAAAAUGGAACCAUUCAUUGCAACUCCACCAGCAGAAAUAACUUCAACCCUCAAAAUAUGCCUCCACAACAUUCAAGGUCUAUGUCAACACAUGGAAGACCUUAAACAUGACCAGAGAAUCUUGAGUGCUGACAUCAUUUGCGUGACAGAAACAUGGCUGGAGCAAAGCACAUCAGUCAGUUCCAUUGAAAUGCCAGGUUGGACUUUUAAUCACAAACUCCGGUCCCAAUCCUACCAUAACAUGACCCAAUUCCAAGACUUGGUAAACAAACGGCACGGUGGUGUGGGCUACUAUCACAAAGACCACAUCACUUGUAACAUUAUACACAUGCCGUGCAGUGACUUGGAAGCCAUCAUGUUUAAUGUUCAGCCUUUGAAUUACAAUUUCAUUGUGCUGUACAAACCGCCAUCAUAUCAACUCGCCUUAUUCAAACAAAAUCUCGCUUUGGUAAUGCAACAAUUUAACCAACUUUCAGGAGGAAAGGUAAUUAUGGGUGACUUCAACGACAAUGCCCUUGUUUCUAAAUCUGCAGAAAAUUUCAUGCAACAACAAGGUUACACCCAAAUUGUCUCUUCGCCAACAACAGAAAACGACACAACAAUUGAUCACGUUUACAUUCGUGACAUUAGUCCCACUGAUAUCAAAGUGCAAAUUCUGUCCACCUACUACUCCGAUCAUGAGUGCCUCUGUUUAGAUUUCCUUCUGUAACUGGUUAGCUCGUUUAGCUCGCAGGUUUUAGCACUACCCAAUAUUUGAAAUGUUUUGUCUGUCUUUUCUAUUUAUUCAAAUAAAUAAUAAAUAUUAAAUAUUAUAUAUUUUUUAUUUUUUUACAUUUUCUAUUUUUUCUAAUAAAUCAUGAAUUUUCUCCCCAUAAUUUUUUUAUGGAUUUGCCCCUCUAAUGAAAGCCAUAGAUAUGGGUUUUUUUUUAGCACUACCCAAUGAUUUAAAUGUUUUGUCUUUGUCUUUUCUAUUUUUUCUAAUCAAUAAUAAAUAUUAUCAAUUAUACUUUUU